GCAUUCACAUUCCGGAUUGUGCGCUUAUCGCGAGUGGUUGCUCCCGUCGUUCCUGAAUAAUACUCGCAAUUUCAUUCAAUUUUAAUUGCACUUUUGUCAGACCACAACUGGUAUAAUCAUGUCUGCAUUUGAGUUGAAGAGUCUUGAUGAAUGCUUGGAGAAGCAUUUGCCCGCCGAGGAGCUGAAAGAGGUCAAGCGCAUACUCUAUGGGGUGGAGAAGGAACAAACCCUUGAGCUGCCUGCAAGCGCCUUGACCACCGCCAAGGAGAAUGGCUUCGAAAUCAAAGGUUAUCGCUUCACCGCUCGCCCCGAAGAGCUGAGGAAGCCGCGUCUAGUGCGUGUGGGCGCCAUUCAGAAUUCCAUUGCACUGCCAACGACGGCGCCAAUUGCUGAGCAACGCGAGGGCAUCUGGAAGAAGGUCAAGGCCAUGAUCAAGGCCGCAGCGGAAGCAGGCUGCAACAUUGUGUGCACGCAAGAGGCAUGGACCAUGCCAUUUGCUUUCUGCACACGCGAAAAGUUCCCAUGGUGCGAAUUCGCCGAAGAAGCGGAGAAAGGUCCCACCACUAAAAUGCUGGCCGAGCUGGCCAAGGCCUACAACAUGGUCAUCAUACACUCCAUUCUCGAACGCGAUGUGGAGCAUGGUGAGACCAUUUGGAAUACUGCUGUUGUCAUCUCCAACAGCGGUCGCUACCUCGGAAAGCAUCGCAAGAAUCACAUCCCACGUGUGGGAGACUUUAACGAGUCCACCUACUACAUGGAGGGCAACACAGGGCAUCCGGUAUUUGAGACCGAGUUCGGUAAGAUUGCCAUCAACAUCUGCUAUGGUCGCCAUCAUCCGCAGAACUGGAUGAUGUUCGGUUUGAAUGGCGCCGAAAUUGUCUUCAAUCCCUCGGCCACCAUCGGGCGACUCUCGGAGCCAUUGUGGAGCAUCGAGGCACGCAAUGCGGCGAUUGCCAACAGCUACUUCACGGUGCCAAUCAAUCGCGUGGGCACCGAGGAGUUCCCCAAUGAGUACACCUCUGGCGAUGGCCAGCCGGCACACAAGCAAUUCGGACCCUUCUAUGGAUCCACCUAUGUGGCUGCUCCCGAUGGCACCCGCACUCCAAGCUUGUCGCGUUGCCAGGAUGGCUUGCUGAUCACGGAGCUGGACUUGAACUUGUGCCGUCAGGUCAAGGACUUCUGGGGCUUCCGGCAGACGCAACGUUUGCCACUCUAUGCGGAGUCGCUGAAGAAAGCAUCGGAGCUGGACUUCAAGCCACAAAUCAUUCGGGAGCAGUAA